AUGCCUGUACACCAAACAGCAGCAGCAGCAGCAGCAGCAGCAGCAGCAGCAGCAGAUGCAGCAGCAGCAGCAGCAGCAGCAGAAGCAGAAGCAGCAGAAGCAGCAGAAGCAGCAGCAGCAGCAGCAGCAGCAGAUGCAGCAGCAGCAGAUGCAGAUGCAGCAGCAGCAGCAGCAGAUGCAGCAGCAGAUGCAGCAGCAGCAGCAGCAGCUCCUGUCUACCGAUAA